GGGCUAUCUUCAUAGAGACCAAAUGUGAAAGAAGUCCAGGAUACCUAACCCAAAAAUAAAAUAAUUCUAUUUUGUAAAUAUUAGUGUAGAUAAAUGAUUUUAAGAUGAGUGCUGCGUUAGUCCGAAAAAGUUUACAAAUUGUAGACCCACAAAGUGGUAGUAAAAUUGGUAAAAGAAAAAGCAAAUCUGAUGUUUUUGCACUAGCUCAUCAGAACCAAAAACUUAUAGGUAAAGCACAAAGGAAGGGAAAAACAGAAAAAGUCAAUCUUCUAUCUACAGAAAAGAAACUGACUGUAACAGAAGCAAGAAAAUAUAAUAAAUCAAAGGAACAGAUCCUGCAAGAUAAUUUAAAGAAACUAGAAUUAAUUAAAAGAGCAAGUAAAGUAGAAUUGGAUCAAAAACUAGUAAAACAGAUUAUUGAUCGAGCUGUGUCUAGAAGGCCAAUAAGGAAAAUUAAACCAAAACAACAAAAGAAAACUGCAUUUACAGAAGAAGAUUUCAAGAAGUUUGAAGAGGAAUAUUUUGAUGAAUAAUGGCUCUCUCAGACAGUGCGUGGGGAUAUAUUCAACUUACAUUAGGUUCAGGAAUGUUGAUCUGCAUGUUUUUUCAGUUAAUUAUAUGGCCAAUACUACCAGUUGAUCACAAUCCUCUGGACGAGUAUAUACCUACGACAGUGAUACUUUCAAUUUGUGGGAUUUUCGGUUUACUUUUUAUUGGUUCUUUAUCAAUAUUUACACUUAUAGUAAUGCACAAGUCUGUAACAAAAUAAAAUAAUAAUUAACUU